AUGGCAAGCCCAACGACUGGCUACUCGAUAAACGUCAAUGACCCCAGCUUGAUUUCGCUGGUCAACAAACUCCAGGAUGUUUUCUCGACCGUAGGGGUCCAAAACCCCAUCGAUUUGCCCCAAAUCGCAGUUGUCGGUUCGCAGUCGAGUGGAAAGAGUUCCGUCUUAGAGAACAUCGUCGGCCGGGAUUUCCUCCCUCGUGGUUCUGGAAUUGUUACUCGACGUCCCCUCAUUCUGCAACUCAUCAACAAACCCCCGCAAGCGAACGGCGUGAAGGAGGAGAAGCUCGAGACGACGGAUAAGGAGGCGAACGUCGACGAGUAUGGCGAGUUCCUGCACAUUCCAGGCCAGAAGUUCCACGACUUCAACAAGAUCCGUGAGGAGAUUGUCCGUGAAACCGAGACCAAGGUCGGUCGCAAUGCCGGAAUCUCUGCCGCGCCCAUCAACCUGCGAAUCUACUCCCCCAACGUCCUCACCCUGACACUUGUGGAUCUGCCCGGUUUGACCAAGGUGCCCGUCGGUGACCAGCCAAAGGACAUUGAGAAGCAAAUCCGCGACAUGGUUUUGAAGUACAUCAGCAAGCCCAACGCCAUCAUCCUAGCUGUGACGGCCGCGAACCAGGAUCUUGCCAACUCCGACGGGUUGAAGCUCGCACGUGAGGUGGAUCCGGAGGGUCAGCGCACAAUCGGUGUGCUGUCCAAGGUCGAUCUCAUGGACGAGGGCACAGAUGUGGUGGAUAUUCUUGCUGGCAGGAUUAUCCCUCUGCGCCUGGGUUACGUUCCUGUGGUUAACCGUGGACAGCGCGAUAUUGAGAACAAGCGACCUAUCGCAUAUGCGCUAGAGAGCGAGAAGAACUUCUUCGAAAACCACAAGGCGUACCGGAACAAGGCUUCGUACUGCGGAACCCCAUACCUGGCCAGAAAGCUGAACUUGAUCCUUAUGAUGCACAUCAAGCAAACGCUCCCGGAUAUUAAGUCCAGGAUUUCCUCGUCCCUGCAGAAGUACUCGUCUGAAUUGUCACAGCUUGGCGACUCCAUGCUCGGCAAUAGCGCCAACAUCAUUCUUAAUAUCAUUACAGAAUUCAGCAACGAGUACCGGACAGUCCUGGAGGGUAACAACCAGGAGCUUUCCAGCAUCGAACUUUCAGGUGGUGCCCGUAUCAGUUUUGUGUUCCAUGAGCUCUACGCCAACGGUGUGAAGGCAGUAGACCCUUUCGACCAAGUGAAGGACAUUGAUAUUCGGACCAUCCUGUUCAACUCGUCUGGCUCAUCGCCUGCACUCUUCAUCGGUACUACAGCUUUCGAACUCAUUGUGAAGCAACAGAUUUCGCGCCUCGAAGACCCGAGUCUGAAGUGUAUCUCCUUGGUUUACGACGAGCUUGUCCGUAUUCUCGGACAGCUUCUGAACAAGCAACUGUUCCGGCGUUACCCGAUGUUGAAGGAAAAAUUCCAUGCAGUUGUGAUUGCGUUCUUCAAGAAGGCCAUGGAGCCGACGAAUAAGCUCGUCCGCGAUCUCAUUGCCAUGGAGUCGACUUACAUCAACACUGCUCACCCCGACUUCCUCAACGGACACCGGGCAAUGGCCAUUGUAAACGAUCGCCAUGCUGCUAGUAAGCCGACUCAAGUGGACCCGAAGACAGGCAAGCCUCUGCCUCCCCGCGCAAACAGCCCCUCCGUUGAACCCACUCCUGCCGGUGCGGACACCAGUAGCACUGGAUUCUUUGGCAGCUUCUGGGCGUCGAAGAACAAGAAGAAGAUGGCGGCUAUGGAGGCUCCCCCGCCAAACCUCAAGGCCUCUGCUGCCUUGUCUGAGCGUGAAAGCACCGAGGUGGAAGUUAUUAAGCUCCUCAUUACCUCCUACUACAACAUCGUUAAGCGUACGAUGAUUGAUAUGGUCCCGAAAGCUGUCAUGUACACUCUCGUGCAAUUCUCCAAGGAAGGAAUGCAGCGAGAGCUGCUUGAGAACAUGUACCGUAACUCCGAACUAGACGACCUGCUGAAGGAGAGCGAUUACACCAUCCGGCGGCGGAAGGAGUGCCAGCAAAUGGUGGAGAGCCUCGGCCGCGCGAGUGAGAUUGUCAGCCAGGUGCAGUGA